AUGAGACCGUGUCUGGCUAUCAUGUGACGGUGCGACUUUGGGCUUAAACUUGGAUUUGCAACGCGAUUUGCUGUGUGUUUCGGGUCGCGAGGGCGAGCUAAGGACUCUCGGCAGCCAUGGCGGAGUGCGCGCAGGGCGCGGAGCUGGCGCUGGCCGACAUCAAGCGGCCGGAGGAGGUGGUUCGCAUGGCCAUGACGGACGGACUCAAGUUCGCGGUGCUCAUCGGGCUCAUUGAGGUGGGCCAGGUCUCCAACAGGGAGGUUGUCAACACCAUCCUGCAUCUGCUCGUCGGCGGGGAGUUCGACAUGGAGCUCAACUUCGUGAUCCAGGACUCCCACAACAUCCGCCACAUGCUGGAGCUGCUCGACCACUGCCCGGCCAACCUGCAGGCCGAGAUCUGGAGCGUGUUCAUCGCCAUCCUGAGGAAGAGCGUCCGCAACCUGCAGGCGUGCACCGACGUGGGCCUCAUCGAGCACGUGCUGCACCGCCUGCAGGCCGCCGAGCCCGUGGUCGCCGAUCUGUUGAUUGAAAUGCUGGGUGUGCUGGCAUCAUAUAGUAUAACAGUGAAAGAGUUGAAAUUGUUAUUUGGAGCCAUGAAAGCUGUUAAUGGGAAAUGGCCAAGGCAUUCAGCCAAACUAUUGAAUGUUCUUAGACAAACACCACAGCGGAAUGGACCAGAUGUGUUCUUCAGUUUCCCGGGAAGAAAGGGUUCAGCAGUAGUGCUUCCACCUCUAGCUAAGUGGCCUUAUGAAAAUGGUUUCACAUUUACCACCUGGUUUCGACUAGACCCAAUCAACUCUGUCAAUAUUGAACGGGAAAAGCCAUAUUUAUAUUGUUUUAAAACAAGCAAAGGAGUUGGUUACUCAGCACACUUUGUGGGAAAUUGUCUAGUCCUUACAUCAAUGAAAGUCAAGGGCAAAGGCUUCCAGCACUGUGUCAAGUAUGAAUUUCAACCUAGAAAGUGGUACAUGAUAGCUGUUGUAUAUAUUUAUAACCGAUGGACCAAAAGUGAAAUCAAGUGCCUAGUGAAUGGACAACUAGCUUCAAGCACAGAAAUGGCAUGGUUUGUGUCAACAAACGAUGUGUUUGACAAAUGCUACAUCGGAGCAACCCCAGAACUGGAUGAGGAAAGAGUGUUCUGUGGUCAAAUGUCAGCCAUCUAUGUCUUUAGUGAAGCACUAUCAACGCAUCAAAUUUGUGCAAUGCACAGACUUGGUCCUAGUUACAAAAGUCAGUUCCGGUUUGAUAAUGAAUGCAACUUGAAUCUGCCUGACAAUCAUCGACGGGUGAGUGAGUGGGGGGACUUAGAAUCUGAGCUUGAACCGCCUGAAGCCACCCAUGACCCUCAAGCCACUGAGCCACCUCGCUGCAUGACCGAGCAAUGGAUGCGUUCAGUUCUGUAUGAUGGCAAACUGUCUAGUGCAAUUGUGUUCAUGUACAAUCCAGUUGCAACAGACAGCCAGUUGUGUCUCCAGUCUGCUCCAAAGGGCAACCAACCAUUUUUUGUCCACACUCCACACGCCCUUAUGCUUCAGGAUGUGAAGGCUGUUAUUACACACUCUAUUCACUCCACGCUCAAUUCAAUAGGAGGAAUACAAGUGCUAUUUCCAUUAUUUUCUCAGUUAGACUUGCCCUAUGAUUCACCUUUAGGAUCUCAGGAUACUAAACGGGAUUUACAACUUUGCUCAAAACUGCUUGGGUUUAUUUGUGAGUUGGUGGAAAGCUCUGCAACCGUCCAGCAACACAUGAUUCAGAACAGAGGUUUUCUUGUCAUUAGCUUAAUGCUUCAACGCUCCUCCAGAGACCACCUCACAACUGAGGUGCUCUUAUCAUUCCUAGCUCUAACCAAACAUUUAGUUACGUGUCUCACUCCCAAUAGUGAACUUCUUCUAAAACAGCUGCUGGACCAUGUCCUUUUCAACCCUGCUCUGUGGAUCUACACACCAGCUAAUGUUCAAACUAGACUGUAUUCAUAUCUAGCAUCAGAGUUCCUCUCUGACACUGGAAUCUACUCCAACGUCAGGAGGGUCUCCACUGUUCUUCAGACUGUACACACCUUGAAGUAUUAUUAUUGGGUUCUAAACCCAAGAGCCAAGAGUGGCAUCACUCCCAAAGGCCUGGACGGGCCAAGACCUGCACAGAAAGAUAUCCUCGCCAUCAGAGCGUACAUCCUAUUAUUCCUUAAGCAACUGAUUAUGAUAGGCAGUGGUGUGAAGGAUGACGAACUUCAAAGCAUCCUCAACUACCUCACCACCAUGCAUGAGGAUGAAAAUCUUCAUGAUGUACUUCAAAUGCUGAUCUCAUUAAUGUCAGAGCACCCUUCUUCAUUGGUACCAGCUUUUGAUGUGAAACAGGGUGUUCGUACUAUUUUCAAGCUUCUUGCUUCUGAGAGCCAACUGAUUCGUUUACAAGCUCUGAAACUUCUUGGCUUCUUUCUAAGUCGUAGCACUCACAAGAGAAAGUAUGACGUUAUGAGUCCCCACAACUUGUAUACGUUACUGGCAGAACGAUUACUUCUCAACGAGCAAACACUGGGACUGGCUACAUACAAUGUACUGUAUGAGAUCAUGACGGAGCAUAUUAGUCAACAAAUCCUGUACACGAGACAUCCAGAGCCAGAGUCUCAUUACCGCUUAGAAAAUCCAAUGAUUCUUAAAGUGGUGGCUACUUUGAUACGGCAGUCAAAACCAACCGAACAGCUUUUGGAAGUCAAAAAGCUUUUCCUGUCUGACAUGACUCUUCUUUGUAAUAAUAACAGAGAAAAUCGAAGGACUGUUCUACAGAUGUCAGUUUGGCAGGAAUGGCUCAUUGCUAUGGCAUACAUACACCCUAAAACUGCAGAGGAACAGAAGAUAUCAGACAUGGUUUAUAUUUUGUUUCGCAUGCUGUUACAUCAUGCAAUCAAGCAUGAGUACGGUGGCUGGAGGGUGUGGGUCGACACCCUGGCUAUUGUGCAUUCAAAGGUUUCUUACGAAGAGUUCAAGCUGCAGUUUGCUCAGAUGUAUGAGCACUAUGAACGCCAGCGGUCUGACAACAUAACUGAUCCAGCCCUGCGACAGCAGAGACCAAUCAGCACCAUCUCUGGUUGGGACCAGCAGCAGCAGAGCGGCCAACACCAUCAGGGCCACCACCCCAACGGGCAGCGCGCCAUCGCGCAUGCUGAGGGCCAAACCAACGGCUACCAUGAGUGGCACAAUGGCGAAACAGAUCAUUCCCAAGAAAUGGAGGACCAACAACAAAGUAAUGCAGUUUGCAGCUGCGAGCUCGACUCUGAGAACUCAGACACAGCAGCGAGUGCAUGCCCAGAGGGCACUUGUUAUGUUUCUGCUGGUACCAAGGAUGCGGCGACUCUGGUUCAAGACGAGUCAUGGGCAGCAACCCCUGAACCAGUGGUAGACGCUCCAUCGGACUCAGCAUCCAGUGAGGCUGUGGCUCAUCAUCCGCAGCAGGGUAGUGACGAAGCAAAUCCCCCAGCGAGUGACAGUGUGGAAGUUGAUACAAGAACUUUAAUGGAACCAGAACCUCCAACUAGCAGUGCUAAAUCUUCCCCUGUUCGGUUAGCUUCUUCCCCUCCUCUCAGCAGUCCCAAAAAGACUGAAUCUUCAGUAAUUGAAGCUAAUAAUUGCUCAAGUAGUAAAAGUGAUAUGGAAAAGGAAGGUGGUGUAGAUGUUGAAGGAGGUGUUAAUUGCUCAAGCUCAGUCUCAGAAGUUAGGGAAGGAGUGGUAGACAGUGCAGAUGAGAGUGUGCCUCAAGUCUCCAACACCGAAGCUGAAGUUGAUGCUGAUGGGGGCGAUGAUGACGAGGAAGAUGAAGAGGAGAUUAUCUGCAGGCUUGGGGAGGAGACAUCGUCAAUGCAUUCUGCCAUUGAGGAGCUUUCAAGUCCUGCCCGAAGUAAAAUUAGUGAGUCUUCAGAAAAGUCUCCAGGAUUUGAGGCUCCUUCACCAACAAAAGCUGAAGAGGACAGUGAUUCUGUCGUCACUCCAGAAUCCAAUGAAGAGUUUGCCCCUGUGAUACCUAUUCAGAACUUACCUGGCUCCCCAGUGAGUGAUGAUAAAACUACUGUUCCAUCUGAAUUGUCACUAAGUAAUGUUAGUGACAGUGUGCCCUCUGAUUCGGGAGUAUCUGGGGUCACACCAACAACCGAAGAUGUUUCAACCCCUGGUGAUACUGAUACUGCAUCAGAAGAACCACGGCUAGAGUUGAGCGAAUCGGAGGCUGUUCCCUCAGCUGCCUUAAGUGAGGAGGCGUUACCUACAGACAACUCGUCAGAAUCCACAACUCUAGCUGAACCUGAAGAGACUGAAAAAUGUGAAGCCACUGAUGCUGCUGCAGCCCCACAGGCUUCAGCAGAGGCAUCCCCUGAAAAGUCAGCUGAAGCUUCGCCUGAAGCUACCCCUUCGGAGGAUGUUUCGCCUGACCUAGCGUCAGCUGUUGCAACUUCUGCUCCGUCUGAUUUGGCCAGCUCUCCAAAUGAUUUGGAAAGCUGUGCACCAGUUGCCGAACCCUCUGUUCCAACCCCUACUGAUGCUCCAAUUGAAGAGGUGCAAAGUGAAACUAAUGUGGAAGUAAUUGCAGACAAGGAAGAAGUAAUUGCAGACAAGGAAGAACCUUCAAUACAAGACAAUGAAGAAAUUGCCUCCAUAGAACAAACUGAAGUACUGCCGCCUGUUGAGGAAAUUACGUCAGUGGUUGUCACACAAAACGCUUCCAUUCAAGAAGAUGAUGGAUUAAUUCAAAGUGAAGAUGGCUUAGUUCAAAGUGAGGAAGGAACUGAAACUAAUUCUACACCUCACAAGCCUCAUAGCACUUCCACGGCAACCCAAGUGGAACAUUCUCAUUUCGAUGCAAAACUGGGCAAGGACGAAAAUGUUGCUUCAGAACAAGGAGGGGCUGCAGGAGCUCAGGGAAGGCCCAUGUUUAGUCCAGGACCUUCAAGACCCCCUUUCAGAAUACCCGAAUUCAAGUGGUCCUACAUCCACCAAAGGCUUCUCUCCGAUGUUCUUUUCUCUCUUGAAACAGACAUACAAGUGUGGAGAAGUCAUUCAACCAAGUCUGUGUUAGAUUUUGUAAACAGUGGAGAAAAUCAAAUCUUUGUUGUAAAUACUGUACACCUGAUCUCACAGUUAGCUGAUAAUCUGAUCAUAGCUUGUGGAGGAUUGCUCCCUCUCUUAGCUUCGGCCACAUCUCCCAAUAGUGAACUGGAAGUUAUUGAGCCUACACAAGGCAUGCCCAUUGAAGUGGCAGUUUCAUUUCUGCAGCGUUUAGUAAACAUGGCAGAUGUUCUUAUUUUUGCAAGUUCACUGAACUUUGGCGAACUAGAAGCAGAGAAGAAUAUGUCAAGUGGAGGUAUCUUGCGACAGUGUCUUCGACUUGUCUGCACAUGUGCUGUAAGGAAUUGCUUAGAAUGCAAAGAAAGAAAUCGACCCUUUUUCAACUCUGCAGUUACACCUGUCUUCAAUGCAAAUAAUAAAAAUGCUCAUGUGCAAUCACUUAUUCGUGGAGUUCAAACAUCACCAAAGCAGAAUAUAGUAGAGAACUUAUCUACACAGUCAAGCCCUGUAAAAGAUCCAGAAAAAUUGCUACAAGAUAUGGAUGUAAACCGACUGAGAGCUGUGAUCUAUCGGGAUGUGGAGGAAACAAAGCAAGCCCAGUUCCUAUCUCUGGCCAUUGUCUACUUCAUCUCAGUUCUAAUGGUUUCCAAGUACAGGGAUAUUUUGGAACCACCCCUUGUAGCCAGGGUCCCCAGCCCACCUACCCCUGUGCCUCGAAGCAAUGGAACUUCUCAGCACAGCAACAGCCCACCUGAAGGAGGAGCGAGACCCUUGUUCCCACAGUGGUCCCAUCAUGUGUACCCACAGUUCCUCCCUGGCUCCCAUCCUGAUGCCUCGCCCCCUCAGAACACCCACACAAAUUCAAUGCCUUCUCAGAACACCAAUCUAAACCACAAUACCCACCAUCAAUCCGUUCAGCAGCGGAACCACCAACUAAUUAGAAAUCACAUCAACAACAAGCUUGAUCAAGCAGCACCUCAGCUGCGCUUCCGUAGAAACAUGGUGAAGCCAGCCCAACAUAGAUCACUGUGCUCUCAUGAAGACGGUGAGUACGAUGUGAUCGUAGUGGAUGAAAACAAUUCAUCGGUUCUUGCGGAUCACGACUCACACUCCAGUGGACCAACUUCUCUUAAGAGUGCUGGGUCUGUUGAAGACAUAAAUACACAACACACAGCUGUUGUCACUCUGGAAAAUGCAGAUUACAACCAGACCACAACACCUCUUUCAAAUGAUGAAAAUAAUGAGAACAACAAUGAGGAGCCUACCACGAAAACCAUUGGAAUGGGAGUUGGCAUGGAGGACAACGACGACAGCUGGACUGACGUAAACCUCAAUGAGGAUGGUGACCUGGUGGCGACUGCUCGCAUCAAAGACAGAGCAGAAGAGAGUCGCAACCUGCACAACAUUUCCCAGUCUCAAGGCGCUACUUUAGACACGGAGGGCAGCCUGGAGCGCGGGGAGAAGCCCGCGGCCGAGAUCUCCGUGGUGCGCGUGCCGGCCGAGGCCAACCCCUGCGUGGUGCCGGGCCCCGGGCAGGGCCCCGGGCAGGGCCCCGCCAUGCACCAGCCCGGCCAGGGCCUGGGCCAGGGCCCCGCCAUGCCCGCCAUGCCCGACAGGGAGCUGCCCAGCUCGCUGCCCAGCUCGCUGCCCAGCUCCAUGAAGGGGCUGGAGGCCGUGCCGCUGCCGCUGCCGCUCGCCACGCCCUCCAGGGAGGCGUCGCUCACCCAGAAGCUGGAGACGGCCCUGGGCUCCGUGUGCCCGCUGCUGCGGGAGAUCAUGGUGGACUUCGCGCCCUUCCUGUCCAAGACGCUGGUCGGCUCGCACGGCCAGGAGCUGCUCAUGGAGGGCAAGGGGCUGACGACGUUCAAGAACAGCCAGUCCGUGGUGGAGCUGGUGAUGCUGCUGUGCUCGCAGGAGUGGCAGAACUCGCUGCAGAAGCACGCGGGUCUGGCCUUCAUCGAGCUCAUCAACGAGGGCCGCCUGCUGUCGCACGCCAUGAAGGACCACAUCGUGCGCGUGGCCAACGAGGCUGAGUUCAUCCUGAACCGCAUGCGCGCGGACGACGUCCUGAAGCACGCCGACUUCGAGUCGCAGUGCGCGCAGACGCUGCUGGAGCGGCGCGAGGAGGAGCGCAUGUGCGACCACCUCAUCACGGCGGCGCGGCGCCGCGACAACGUGAUCGCCAUCCGCCUGCUGGAGAAGACGCGCAACAUCCUGUCCAACAAGCACGGCGCCUGGGGCUACAUGGACCCGGCCGGCGCCAUGCUCAGCGAGUUCUGGAAGCUGGACUCGUGGGAGGACGACGCGCGGCGCCGCAAGCGCUUCGUGCACAACCCGCGCGGCUCCAGCCACCCCGAGGCCACGCUCAAGGCCGCCCUGGAGCACGGCGCGCCCGAGGACGCCAUCCUGCAGGCCAGGGAGGAGUUCCACGCGCACCUCGCCGCCUCCAGGACGUGCUCGCAGCAGCAGCAGCAACAGCAGCAGCACGCCGACCUCCUGGACGACAGCGAGCUGCUCGCCGACGACCGGGACCUCGACGUCGACCUGACCGGCCCCGUCAACAUCAGCACGCGCGCGAGGCUGAUCGCGCCGGGCAUCGUGGCCCCGGGCACCGUGUCCAUCACCUCCACGGAGCUGUACUUCGAGGUGGACGAGGAGGACCCAGAGUACAAGAAGCUGGACGCAGAGGUGCUCAAGUACUGCGACCACCUCCAUGGCAAGUGGUACUUCUCCGAGGUGCGCGCCAUCUUCUCGCGACGCUUCCUGCUGCAGAACACCGCCAUCGAGAUCUUCCUCGCCAGCAGAACGUCCAUCAUGUUCGCGUUCCCGGACACCAACACCGUCAAGAAGAUCAUCAAGGCGCUGCCGCGCGUGGGCGUGGGCAUCAAGUACGGCAUCCCGCAGACGCGCAGGGCCUCCAUGAUGUCGGCGCGCCAGCUCAUGCGCAACUCCAACAUGACCCUCAAGUGGCAGCGCCGCGAGGUCUCCAACUUCGAGUACCUCAUGUUCCUCAACACCAUCGCGGGCCGCACCUACAACGACCUGAACCAGUACCCGGUCUUCCCUUGGGUGCUCACCAACUACGAGUCCAGGGAGCUGGACCUCAGCCAGCCCAGCAACUACAGGGACCUGUCCAAGCCCAUCGGUGCUCUCAAUCCGAGUCGGAGAGACUACUUCGAGGAGCGCUACAACACCUGGGAGCAUGAGAGCAUCCCACCGUUCCACUACGGCACUCAUUACUCCACUGCAGCCUUUGUCCUCAACUGGAUGAUCCGACUGGAACCAAUGACCACCAUGUUCCUGGCCCUUCAGGGAGGCAAGUUUGACCACCCCAAUAGACUCUUCUCCUCUGUGGCCCUGUCCUGGAAGAACUGCCAGCGAGACACAUCCGAUGUCAAGGAACUGAUCCCUGAGUUCUUCUUCUUGCCUGAGAUGUUUGUGAACUCCAAUCGUUAUCGGUUGGGACUCCAAGAAGAUGGAUCAGUAGUCAGUGAUGUUGAGCUUCCACCUUGGGCUUCAUCGCCUGAAGAAUUUGUCCGCAUCAACAGAAUGGCUCUUGAAUCUGAAUUUGUAUCAUGUCAGUUGCAUCAGUGGAUUGACCUGAUUUUCGGGUACAAACAAAGAGGACCUGAAGCUGUUCGGGCAACAAAUGUGUUUUAUUAUCUGACUUACGAAGGCAGUGUUGAUAUGGAAACCAUAACAGAUACAGUGAUGAAAGAAGCUAUUGAAAAUCAAAUCAAAAACUUUGGCCAGACUCCAUCACAGCUGAUGAUGGAACCUCACCCACCUCGCAGUUCAGCAAUGCAUUUGUCACCAAUGAUGUUUGCAACUGCACCCGAGGAUGUGUGCAUGACGAUGAAAUUCCCAUCCAACGCUGCCAUCUGCCAUAUUUCUGCGAACACUUAUCCUCAGCUGCCUCUUCCAUCAGUGGUCAGCGUCACCACUAAUCAGCAGUUUGCUCUCAAUCGGUGGAACACUAGUUAUGCAGCCUCAGUUCAGUCUCCUAGCUAUGCAGACGCACCUCACACACCUUCAGCUAACUUGCCUCUGUCCAUGGAUCCAGUGUUGUUGCAAGGAAAUAACAAUAGCAAUAAUUCUGCUGCCCUUCGUCGUCAUCUUGGGGAUAACUUCAGCCAAAAGCUUAAAGUCCGAUCAAACUGCUUUGUGACAACUGUAGACAGCAGGUUCCUUGUAGCAUGUGGAUUUUGGGACAACAGCUUCAGAGUGUUCUCCACAGAAACUGCUAAAAUUGUUCAGAUUGUGUUUGGACAUUAUGGCGUAGUUACCUGCCUGUCACGAUCGGAGUGCAAUAUCACAUCAGACUGCUACAUAGCCUCUGGUUCUGCUGAUUGCACUGUUCUACUCUGGCACUGGAACGCCCGCACACAAACUGUGGUUGGAGAGGGAGGAGGAAGCGGAGAAACACCCACACCAAGAGCAACCCUCACUGGACAUGAUCAGCCCAUAUCAAGUGUUGUUAUUUCGGCUGAGCUGGGUCUUGUAGUGUCUGGAAGCAUAAUUGGGCCAGUUCUUGUGCACACCACAUUUGGUGAUCUUCUUCGAAGUUUAGAACCGCCCUCAGGUUUCCGAUCACCUGAGAACAUCGCAAUGUCUCGUGAAGGUGUCAUUGUAGUGAACUAUGAGCGUGGACAUGUGGCUGCUUUCACCAUCAAUGGCAAAAGACUUCGCCAUGAAGCUCACAAUGAUAACUUACAGUGUCUACUUCUUAGCCGUGAUGGUGAAUACGUAAUGACCGGCGGUGACAAAGGAAUUGUGGAAGUUUGGAGAACAUUUAACCUGGCAUUGCUGUACGCUUUCCCUGCAUGUGACAGCAGUGUCCGUUCACUUGCUCUAUCUCACGAUCAAAAGUUUUUACUUGCGGGACUAGCCACAGGUUCCAUUGUUGUCUUCCACAUCGACUUCAACAGAUGGCAUCAUGAGUUCCAGCAGAGAUACUAGGAUAAUUUCAUUCCGUAAGAAGAGCUGACUGACGUCUUUAUGACAAUGAUUUGUACCAAUCGUCACUACAGGAGCUAGAAUUACUCUCAUGAAUUGUUACUAGAUUUUGUUCUUUUUUCGGGGAGGGGGAAAGGUUUAUAUAAGCUUUUAAAAAUGGUAGAUCCAAGACUGCUUUGAAAGAGGGAGAGCAUAGGAGAAACAGAACAUGAAGUUUAUUUACUCUGUAAAUACAAUUUGUGGUUGCCAUAUAUUUUCAACGGAUUUGUUGUUUAAAAAAUAGAGAAAUAAUUUUCAUGGUUUAUAAUGUACAUAGAUAUGAUUUUAUCCAAACAAAGAGUCUUUGUUUGAAGUAUUGGUUAUUGGUUGUGGGUUGAUAAACUAGUAUUAGUUCACUUAAUCUCAGCUGUGUUAGCUCUGGUAAAUUAUGAUGUACCACAAUCAUUGAAAGGCCGUCCAGGUGUGCAAAGUUGCUCUCCAUUGCUAUGAACCAUUUUGUAAGUUUCGCUGAACAUUUAUGUUUACCGCAAUCAUCAUCUGUACUGCAUGUAAAGAAAAUGCUGCUACUCUUUGUGGUAUGAGAAAGAGAGAGAGGGGAAAUACAACAUCCAACCAGCCAAACAGCCAAAUUUGUGCCAUUCAACCAGAUUUUUUCCUAUCAGCAUUUAGAAAUUCGAUUUACGUGAUACACAGAUAGAAUGAAACGUUGUUUGCUCUAGGAGCAUUUGUUUUGUACUUAUUCAUCUUCAUUUCUUGUUUGUUAUUGUGUAUAAUAUUGUUUUUAUUAGAUAAUUGUCUGGUUUGGAUUUGAGGCUUUUAGAAACAGUUAGAAAGCUUUGUCAAUGUAUAAAAAUUCUUAUAAAUUCCCCAAGAAAUAUUUGUAAAGUAAAAUUUAUGAACUUACACCAUUGGUGUUAUGAUUAUCUGCAUAAUAAUGUGAUGAUUACUUGCAUAAUGAAUAUUCUACCAAUCAUCAUUUGUUCCAUACUUUUGUCUCAUAUAUUUUAUUUAUAUUGGAUUUAUUCCUAGUUCUGUUAUAAAAUUAUUGGUGCCAUCUGCAUAAUUAUUGCUUGAUAAGAACAAAGAUGUUACAAUGUUUUAAAGGUACAUUUGAUAUACUGUACAUAUAUAUACUAGCUACAGCAAUGGAAUUGAAGUAGCAGUUGUACUUAUUAAUGUGAUAUAGGCUUUGUUCUUGAUUGUCUUGAAAUAGUGAAAUGGUGGAACUAAGAAUGGUCUUCUAUCGUCAAGCAGCCAUAGAUCUUACUUCUUCCAUAAAAUGUAGCUACAAAAUUCUGAAAGUAUCUAGGAAAAAAAAUUAGAAAAUUCAUACUAAGAUUAAUAUGGUUUGGAGGUAAGGUUUUGUUGAUUGGUAUAAUGUUUGUGACAGAUGCGACACACUAGUCAAGAGUCUUGGUGGCUCGAGGGAGUUCUGUGUAUUUCACAGAUUUGUUUUAUGUGUAUUGAGUACUUCAUUCAGAACUGUACUGCUUCUAGCUGUUGUAAGUAUAGCUCAUCCCAUCUAAUGCAUUGAAAUUGCAUCGGAAAUGUUAAUUGAGAAACAAUGUAGAAGAGUUUAAAACAUAUUUUUCCCUUAUGUUUUAUAGCUCUAUAGGAAACUCUUCAUUGUAAUUGUAGUGUCAAUUUGUGGCGAGAAAGCUUAAUAUUUCAUAUUGUUCACAUCGUUCUCUAAUACAAAGCACUUUUGUCCAUCAGUUUCUACCUAAGCAGUGAGAUGAGCUUGUUGAACAUUGGGAACAUUGUUUAAAUGUAUUAUAUACUAUUGUAUUUAUUUUGUUAAAGUUGCCGUCCAGCCUUCCGAAGUGUUUUAGAAGCACAUCAAAGGGAGAAUUGAAUAAUGCUUUGUUUUGGGUUGUAGACUUUCCUCUUGUUGAGGAGAGAACUCUAAUUUAUGCCUAGAUAGUGUACUUAUCAUCCUUCACCUGGAUUUAUUUUUUGUUGAUGUUUUUGUUUUAAUUUGAAAGGUUGUUUUUCUUUUGUUUUCUGUUGGAACAUUUUCUGAUGUAUAGUUGUGUUCAAUGUACUAUAUUUUGAAUACAAAAAGAUUGAGUUUUAUACCUACCAAUCCGUUCCAAUUGUCUUCACUUUUAAUAAUUUUAUGAGAAAAAAGUUACUUAAGUAGUCAACCUUAUAUGGUUUCAGGAGAAAAUUUGGCCAAAUGUUAAUGUAAUCUGUAACUUGAUAUUUUAUCAUGCGCAAGUCUUUAUUGCAAUACUACAAGGGUUUCUAAUAUUGCACUGUGCCUACAGAUGCUCACUUUCAAAUCGAGCUGUUGUUUAAGAGCUCAGCCAUAGUUCCAGAACUUGCUCAGGAAGAAGAAAUGUGCGGCAACAAUGUGUGCUUAUGUGUAAGAAUGGAUUGGAAUAUAAGGCAUAGAUAAGGGUUUCUAAUUUAUGUACACUUUUUUUUUGUUUGAGUUUUUAUUUUUUGUUCAAAUUACAAUGUCAAAACUGGUAUGGUAGUUGUUUUGUUAAAAAUGUACUUAACAUUUUUUUUUUUAAACGCAUUUGUUUGUGUGAGAUAGUAUUAUUUAUCACCUUCUUUGCACUAUCACAUUCCAUCCAGUCCUUUAUUGUUAAUCUUAGUAUAAAGACCAAGAUAUGAAGCAAAUAGUCACAUUUUUGACAGUUUUUGUGAUCUGCUAAGUAUUUUGGGAUCGGAGUUCAUUCAAACAAAUCAAUUUGGGUACUGCUUUGCACGUUUACUCAAAGGAAGCUUUGUUGCAUUUUUGUAGGUAAACAGACAUUGGCUUGCAAUUAGCAAUAUUGUGGGGUUUAUUGACCUCUAAGCAAUGUACUUAGUGUUGAAUGUAUUGCUUUUCAUUAUUAUUUUCUGAAUUGAAGGUGAUGCAUGUACUUGAAAAUACUAUAAUGUGCCCUUUGUAAUAAAGUUAAGUCAUUUUCAA